AGCCAGAUAGCAGAUAGCAUGUGAUGACAAAGCUUUUAAUUGAACGAAUAUGAAGCUUUGGUUUAUAUUGCUGUCUAUGUUUGGCUACUGUCUUGUGGAUACUAGAGUCACAACAGCAGCUUCCCCCAAUAUUCCGCCAUUCCCGCUCCCACUAAGUACUGAAGAUAGAAAAGAAUUUGUUUGUCGUCCACAGCGUAAAAUACAUGUUCAAGGAGACGCUAAUGAGCUUCCUGAUUGGUUGAUCAGACGUUACGGAGUUGCAUUGGAAUACAACAACGCAAGGAGAUCAUGUUGUUUGUUGGAUGUUGAUGUGAUGGUGUUAAGGUCGUGUGUGGAUGGGAAUCGACGUUCUGCCCUUGACACUUUCUGCAACGGCGAGGUAUCACGUGAUCCAGAUCGACGUCAUCCUUGUUGUUAUUCGUUGUCAUCGCAACGAUAUCUUUGUUUCAAACAAUAUCAUGAUUACGUCACGACAGAGGGAUCUAUAGAAAGAACGCAAAGUAACAACGAAGAAACUGGCGCAUUGACCCAGCCAUACGUGGACAGGUGGUGUGUUAAACAAGCUAUAUUAGAUAUAGAUGAGACAAGUGUGGAUACGAUCAACGGGAACGGAAGAGAUUUGAGUGGAUUAAGCAAAGAUGGCGAUUAUUGCUGUCGAUUACCAGGUCGUUUCAGACUCUCGUGUUUUCAGAUGAAGAUGCAAGCUGCACAAGACGAGAGAUGUCACGUGGUUGAUGACGUUUGCUGUCACGUGACAGGUGAGGAGAGAUCCAGAUGUUUCCUGAAGAAAAAAGGAAACAAGAUGAAACAGGAGACAGGAAUUGAAACAACAGACGUCGGUUUGGAACCAAAUGAAACUUUAGAAGAAUCGAAAACUGAAAAUGACGUCACAGAAGCUGAUGACGUCACAGAGGAAGACGAUGACCUGAUAGAAGAGAAUCCAGAAGAGAGCGAUUAUUUUCUGGAAGAGAAUCGCGAUGAUGCCGAAGAGAACAUUGAAGAGAAUAAUGACGUCAUAGAAGAGACUUCUCGCGACAGAAACGAGAGGGUUCGUUUCACGAAAGAGCAUAGUGACGUCACAAGAGAGAACAAUACGACAGCAGAAGACAGCGAAGAUUCUAUCGAACAAGAGAACGAGAAUCUCUUUAUUGUCGAAGAGAAGAAAAGCGAGAAUUCAACCGAGCAAGAGAAUUAUGACGUCAUAGAAGAGAACAGUGGAGGGGGGAAUAAUGGAAACGCGAAACAUCGAAGAUUGAAACCAAAAGUUCGAAGCAAGAUUCGAAAUAAUGGGAGACCUAAGAGCGACAAAAGAAGAAGAAAUCGAUUGAAGGCAGCCACCAUGUUACGAAGGUGUUGCCAGUCAGGUAGAAAUCAACACAACAACAACACCUGUACCAUAGGAACGGCGAUAGAAUAUACAAGUUCAAUGAAGAUAAUAGGAAGAAGACAAAGAUGCGCCAUAGCUUACUACCGAUGCUGCAAACAGGCGCUGGAAAAAACAGUGACGUCACAGGCCCCAUAACGUCACCACGACGUCAUUACGAACUAAAUCUGAUUUUUUCGUUUGUGAAAACAAUGUUCACUACAGUUCCAAAUAAACAGAGUAUUAAUAUGGAA